ACACAAUUGUGUUCCAUACGAUAAUCAUCAGGAAGUAACUACAUACAGCAAAACCGAGACGAUUACAUGUAACCUUUAGACACUUAAUAACAAUCUGUACGAAUAUUAUUGACAUAUAUCCUGCAGCCACUAAAUGACCAUGUCUACUGUGAAAUAACAUGUAUCCGUCAGGGGUUAAUUGCAUAGUUUGACAAUUAACCACAGACUAGUAUUACUCCACAACCAGACUACUACGUAACCGGCCUACAGCUAUGGACCGUUUGUAUGGACCACUAGACUAUAUAAGAUCUCUCAUUUUGGACUUCAAGACACAAUUCGAUCACACCAGAAUUCGUCAGAUCUCGGCCAGUGUCUCAGUGAAAAACAUUUAUUUGAACUUUUAAUCGCUCUUUGAAUACUUGUAAAUUAAGCAAUAAAUUCUAAUUGACAAGUAUUAGUUAACUUAAUUGACUUCGCAACAUAAGUCAAAUUGGUGCCGUUCAGACCAAGGAUCAACCAGGACUUCUAACCACUAUACGAUAGAAAGGAACCACGGAGAACCAGUGAUGAAGUGGUGGUGGUUCUCACUUGUUCUUUUUGGCUUAACCAGCCAAUUCAUUGUCAAGGAAAAUGUCAUGUUUCAAAAAAUUAAGGAAAUAUCAACCACAAGGUCAAAUUGGCUCAUUACUUUUGUCGUAGACUUGGAUCCUUUUGAAUUAUUUCUUAAUAAAAUAGAACAAGACUUGGGCAAGGCUUUUCUCGCUACACAAAAAGUUCACACAAUUUCUAUGUUUUACACCCCAGAAAAAAAACACAUUUUGGCUACUAUCUUAAGUCUACAAAGGGAGGUUGAAGGAUUAAAUCGGACUAAAGAUUAUUUACAAUCACAAUUCAAUGAUUACCAAUCUUUAUAUUACGACGAAACGGCAAAGUUUAAAACUAAACGUAGCUUAUUUCCUAUUAUAGGCAAAGCAUUAAGUUUUUUAUUUGGUACUGUAUCAGACAGCGACCUGUCAAAAAUUCGAAGAAAUAUCAAAACUUUGGCACAAAAUCAAGAUGCAAUUCGUCAUAUUGUUCAAGAUGGGUUAACUAUCUUAAACACUACACAAACACAUGUUUCUGAAAAUAGACACAAGGUUAAUGAGUUGAUUGAAAGUGUUCAAGAUCUUGGAAAUAGACUUCAAACUUUUGCUACGGAUUUAGAAAAACAAAUUGAAGUUAUGGGAAGUUAUUUACAAGCUUAUUUGCAUAUGGACAUGAUAAUAGGUGAAAUAAAGGACCUUAUGAAUAUAGCCGGGGAUUAUUUAAACCAUUUGCAAUUACAACUAAACAUGUUGUCCUUAGGACACAUGUCACCCAGUCUUAUAUCACCCGGUAAUUUACGAGUAUUAUUGACUGACAUAAAACGACGACUACCGGCGACAUUAAAGAUACCUGGUGACGAAGUUAAAGAUAUUUGGAAUUUUUAUAAAUUUUUGACCUGUAGUACAGUUUUGGACGAAAACAAAAUAAUCAUUAUCAUUACGUUACCAUUACUAGAUAUAAGAGACACUUAUGAAAUUUAUAAGAUUCACAACUUGCCUGUUCCUACUACGAUAACUGAUAAACAAUCUGACUCGAGCAGUAUGGUUGCUCAGUAUGAAUUAGAAGCAGAAGUUAUUGCUGCAAACCAAGAAAAAACUAAAUAUAUGCUGCUAAAUACCAAUGAAAUUGACAAGUGUUCCAAUCCUUUAGUUAAUUUUUGUGAAAUUAAAAGUCCAGUUUAUCCAGUUAAUUUAAGUAAAUUAUGUAUCAUAGCCUUAUUUGCCAAUAAAGAAAAUUGGAAAACAAGAUGUACAGUGAAAGUACGACCAAACACAAUUUUGCCUAUGGCAACUUAUUUGACCGAUAGUAUGUGGGCAGUUACAACCAUUAAUGAAUUUAGAAUCACUAUUAGAUGUGAUGACAAUACAAACAUGUUGACGGAUCAGAUAAUUAAUCCUCCUACCACUAUAAUUAAUUUAAAGCGAACUUGUACCGCUACGAGUGAUCAUUUGACCUUAUUACCUACUUAUCAAAUGGAAAGUACAUUUUUAACAGAAAAAACGUUCGAAAGAUUCUUAAAUACCUUUCAAGUACUGAAUACAAGUUUAUGGGAACCCUUUCAUGCUGCUUUGCCAAAUUUUACAAAGCUUGAACUACCAAGAGAACUAAAGGCGAUUAAACAAAUUCCUAUGAACGCUUUGAUUGAAAAACUUAGAAAUUUAAGGGGAAUUGAAAACGAUUUUGAAUUUCCAAAUUGGGGAGUAGGUUUAUCCCUGGGUUUGGGUGCGAUAUUCAUUGGAAUAGCUAUAUUUUUGUACUGCAAGUUUUUUAGAAACAAAUCUUGGUUAGCCAAAAAGAAAGGUGUGAGUUCGGGUUCUAAUGCCACGAACGAUGGGUACCAAAUGGUGACAACGCAAAUGGUUGGGACAGAAGUACCUGAUUCCAGAGAGAAGAUUCCCUCUGCACCAUUACUCAAAGACGAUGCAAGACCAAAGACCGAUGCUACCAGUCUCUUGAGAAAGAUGUACCCAGAGCUAGAUACGUCGACUACUUCGUAAAAGGACUGGAUUGUAAACCAUACAACGUAGACGACCGAAUCCACUAGCAGAAGACGAACCGUGUAAAUAAUUUUAAAGUGACCCUAUGAACUGUGUAAAUAGAAUUGUAUAAACAUUUGCGUUCCUACCCAGUAUUGAGGAACAACUUACUAUGAUGGUGAUGGAAAUAAAACAUGAACUAUGUAUACCGAAAUAUUGAACUUAUGAUUCGAAUGAACUAUGU